GGCAUUCUGUGUCGCGCAACACAAGUUAUCUGGUGCCAACACUUGAUCUCUCUUUAAUUAACUUUCUUGCUGUGCGUGGAAAGUUUGCCGGAACCGCAAUCUCCUCCAGCCGUUGCGGCAUCUCUGUCGGGUAGUCGUCAAGUGCGGAGAUUGUGUCAUAACGCAUGAUGGAAAUAUUAUCAUUGCCGCGAGAUAAUUGCAGUGGUGCGUCACAGGAGUUGAGAGCGGAUUUCCGCUAAUUUGCACUGCAAAUACGCUGAUUGUAGAUCAAAUGUGGUGAAGUGUGUUAAUUAAUUGCGGAUCAGCAUUUCAAUUACGGUGAUUUUCGCGUCAAAUCUGCGCGGGUGAAGAUGACGAGUCAACGAACUCCGCCGCACAGCCCGAAAGCGCCGAAGAUCCAGCAACAAUCUUGGGAUGACUGCAACACGCCGCCCAUCGACAUCUUCGAUCCCAACCACUCAUCACCCCCACAAUCGCCAUCUUUCGCUUACGAGCCGCCGCCCAAGAGCCCCAAGUCACCGAGAAAACUGCCCAGUCCGGGAGUAGGAUGCAAAUUCGACUAUCCCGAUGCCAAGAGUCCCACCGGCAGCGUCCAUCGCUCGGGUUACAGUACAGCGCACUGCUCCAGCUACAAUUAUGAGGUACCACCAUCGCCGCGAGGGCCCUCGAAGUCGCGCAAGUUUAUCUACGACGCCGUGAGUCCCAUAUACGACUGCAAAAGCAGAAAAUUUGAUUUCGCUGCCGAACCCUUGUCACUGGAGGACGCCAAUUUGAAUUGCUUCGACGGCAGCAGCACGAGUAGUGGAGGCGGAGCGCCGCCCCAAUCGCCGGCGGCGCUCUAUCGUCGCCACAACGGCGCGCGGAGCAAGAACUACCCCAUGAGGGUGUUCGACGUGAAGGGCGGCGGCGAAAAUGGCACGGACUACAAGUAUGAUGUGAAGCGUCACUCUGUCGUCACGGAGUCCACGCUAUCCGGGGAGUCGGAGCUGAGCACGGCCACGACGGCCGUCUGCAGCAGCAGCGAUCGCGGCCGCAGCAUCACGAAGAGUGAAUGCAGUGCUCUCACGGAUGACACGAGCGCCACGAGCAAGAUGGGCACUUCUGACGCCACCGCGUCCAGGCACAAUUCCACCGAGGAGCAAAAGACAGUCCAGACUGAUAUGCACCACAGAAGGGGCAACGUGAAGCGGCGCUACGCCAUCAACAUCACCCCAAAUCCCGGAUAUCAGGCCAUUCACAAGUCCCACUUCAUGCUGGAUCGCACCUGCUCCGACAGCGUUGUCUCCCAGCGCUGUCGGAAGUCCACCAGCGACCUGACUGACGCCUCUCUGGAAGCCGAAACUUCCGUGAGCUCUGUCCCGAGACGCCGCGGCAGCUCCAAGGGCGGCCUGGCUUACCUGGCCAGUCGGCGCAGCUCGAGGGAGUCCAUGAAGAGUGCCAUUUCUAAUUCAUCCAUCUUCUCCAACGAGGACAUCGGUCCCCUGGCGUUUCAGGCCACCAGUCGCGGCCGACAGCGACGCACGUCCAACUUCCUGGAGUUGCCUGUUCCGGAUCACAUCCGGCCGAGGGUGUGUUCACUGCCGGAAAGGCCGUACAAUCCGCGCCAGAGUGACGACCUCUAUCGCCUCCGCACGUUCUCCAUCAGCAAGGGAACUGUGGUGAAUUGCGGUGACUCGAUUAUUUCGAGGCGCUCCCGGAGCAACACCAGCGUCAACUCCACCACGAGCAGAGCCAGCGAGAGGUCACCAUUUGAUGGGUCGUGUUGUGGUGGCGGAUACUCGGUAGUCGACUCACUUCCACCCUCGCCAACGGACAGCGAACCACCGCCGCCGCCCAGGUAUCGCGUCGUGAUGCUGGGCGACGCCGGCGUCGGCAAGACUGCCCUCGUGUCGCAAUUCAUGACGUCUGAGUACAUGCACACGUACGACGCGAGCUUGGUAGAUGACGAAUUCGGGGAGAAAACCGUGAGUAUCCUCCUGGACGGUGAGGAGUCCGAGAUGGUGUUCAUUGAUCAUCCCACGUCUGAAAUGAGCGUGGAGAACUCCCUGUCGACUUACGAGCCCCACGGCUGUGUGGUGGUGUAUUCUGUGGUCGCCCGCAGCUCCUUCCGCUGUGCUGAGGAAACUAUCAAUUACCUGUGGCGUGAGAAUGUCAUCAGAGAUAAGGCGGUGAUUCUCGUGGGAAACAAGGCAGAUUUGGCACGUUCCCGUGUUAUAACCACUCAAGAGGGAAAAGCUCUCGCCGCCUCGAGAGACGCCAAAUUCAUUGAGACUUCCAGUGGAAUUCAGCACAAUGUCGACGAAUUGCUGGUGGGAAUCCUCAAGCAGAUUCGUCUGAAGGAGACGCGCGACAAGAAGGCGGCCCAGAGUGCCAGCAAGAUGCGCAAUUCGCGCACGCACAUGUCCCUCCAUCUGGCCAAGGAGAUCCUCCAGAAGAUCUGCCUCAGUGAUAUAAGCAAAUCCAAGAGCUGUGAAAAUCUCCAUGUGUUAUAAGAGGCAAGAAGAGUCGCUCACUUGAGGAACAGAGAGUCUGACAAUCACCGACAAUUGGCGAGAAAGACAAGACAGGAUGCUGAGGAAGUCAUAUUCAAUUAUCUGACGAUCAAUUGAUGCAGAAGCUUUUGAGGCCAAAAUAGAAAAUAGUUAAAUAGCUUAAUUGGAAUGUUUGGCAGAAAAAUUGUUGUUUCAACUUUGUGCAAAACUUAAAGCCAUUUCCUUAUACAGACAAAGUUGUUUUGUCAAUUCAAUGGAACCAAUCACAAUUGAUUUGCAGUUGCAAAUUGCUUCAUCAAUCCAUUCGAUUGUCCUCCAAGAGACCACAGAACACUUGGCCAUUUAUACCUUUGUGACUCAAGAGAAUGCUUUAAAUGUGAUAUGAGAUAUCCUUGUUGUGAAAUCAUCCAUCUACUGCAAUCCUUCGUGACGAUGACCUUUUGUGAAUCCCUCAAAAGUGGUGCAAUUGUGUGUAAGUUCUAAAAGAAGAGAGACAGAGAAAAUGCCCAAACAUUUUCAAAGACAAUUUAUCAAUAAUUUUAACGAUGAAUCUUAAUUCUUGGUAAUAAGUGUAAUUUUAUUGACUUGAGUCAAUGCAAGGAAGAUCCUUUGAUUGUUGUUUUGAUCUUGCAAACAACAUAAAGAGUAGCAGAGCGGCCUAAAAUCCUAGAUUCAAGUUUAGUGCACAAUUUCAGUCAGUCACACAAUAAAAAUAAAAACCAUCAACGUAGAAAGUGAUCCUUGAUUCCUGUACUCCAAAUCUCCAUUGAUAGAAGCAGAAUUAUAACCACGAUGGUGUUUGAAUUCAAUGUUUUGACCGUAAUACAAUUAUAAUCAUUCUAAAUAUUUUACAAGUUAGGAAUUAUUGUGAAACUACUUAGGAAUAAGACUCUGUAUAAUGUCAUCAUGAGGCCUAUUCAGUGACUUUUGUAUGAUAUUCCUCUAAAUUCAGUGAAAUAUUGGUCGCAACUCGUGAUUCUAAUUCACAUCUGUCAAAUAAUGUCUUGAAGGACAAUAGAUUCUCCAGGUUUCCCGUAAUCUCGUCUGUUGCGACCAUAAAUUCUCCGACUUAUCUCUAUAGCGUCUAAACUUACUUCUAUUUUAGAAACCAUACGUUGAUGUAUAGUAAGAAUAAAUAUAGUUAGGACUAAAUGUAAUUUGACUGACAAUCAUUCUUCAUAUCAAAAUUGUUGAUCGUCAUGCGAGAAUUUAAAAUUUUUCUCAACUGUCCUCUGAAUUUCUCAAUGUCAACUGAUUAUUAUUAAGUUCUCCCCACA